CCGGAGCCCUGCAGGAAUCAUGCCCAGGUCCUUCCUGGUCAAGAAGGUCAAACUUGACACCUUCUCCUCGGCAGACCUCGAGAGCUCCUACGGGCGCGCUCGCAGCGACCUCGGUGUGCGACUACACGAGAAAGGAUACCUCAGCGACUAUGCGGGGCCCGCCUCUGUCUACGAUGGCGACGCCGAGGCGGCCUUGCUCAAAGGGCCGUCCCCGGAGCCCAUGUAUGCCGCUGCCGUGCGGGGAGAGCUGGGCCCGGCGGCCGCGGGCUCGGCACCGCCGCCCACCCCGCGCCCGGAGCUGGCCACAGCCGCAGGCGGCUACAUCAACGGCGACGCGGCGGUCAGCGAGGGCUACGCGGCUGACGCCUUCUUCAUCACCGACGGGCGCUCGCGCCGUAAGGCCGCCAACGCCAACGCUGCCGCCGCCCCCUCCACGGCCUCUGCAGCUUCCCCCGAAGGCGACAGCCGAGGCGGAAGCGGGGCUGGGGCAGGCGCGCGUGGCGCUGGGUCGGGGGCCGUGGGUCGGAGCGGCGCGCGCUCGGGAGCGGGCCCAGAGGCGCGUGCGGGGCCCGGGGUCGGCGGCUCAGGGGGCCGGCACGCGUGCGGCGAGUGCGGCAAGACGUACGCCACGUCGUCGAACCUGAGCCGGCACAAGCAGACGCACCGCAGCUUGGACAGUCAGUUGGCGCGGCGGUGCCCGACGUGCGGCAAGGUGUACGUGUCCAUGCCGGCCAUGGCCAUGCACCUGCUCACGCACGACCUGCGCCACAAGUGCGGGGUGUGCGGCAAGGCCUUUUCGAGGCCCUGGCUGCUGCAGGGCCACAUGCGCUCCCACACCGGGGAGAAGCCUUUCGGCUGCGCGCACUGCGGCAAGGCCUUCGCCGACCGCUCCAACCUUCGCGCGCACAUGCAGACGCACUCGGCCUUCAAGCACUUCCAGUGCAAGCGCUGCAAGAAGAGCUUCGCGCUCAAGUCCUAUCUCAACAAGCACUACGAGUCGGCCUGCUUCAAGGGCGGCGCCGGCGGCGGUGGCCCCGCGGCCCCGGCGUCGGCUGCGCCGCCACAGCUCAGCCCUGUGCAGGCCUAGGGCGGCGGUAUUUCCGUCAGCCUGGUCGGCUCUCAGCAAUACGGGCCCCCAGGGAAGUCUCCGCGGGCGCGCGCGGGAGGGCCGGAGGGCGGGCCCCUCCUCACAGCAAUAGGGGGAGGGGGCCCGGCCCCGCCCCGCCUGCCAGGGGCCUCCCCGGCCCCUUCAAGCAAUAGGGUCCCGAGGGGAGACCCACCCCGAACCCCCUCCCUUCCCCUCCACGGUGCCCCAGGCUUUUUCCCAGCAAUAGGGUCCAGGAGACCCAGAACCGAACCUCAUCUCCGAGUUAGGUCUCUGAAAAGGGGAUGGGGUGAGAUAGGGAGCACCCCUUUCCUCCCUCUGAGCCCCUGGAUCGCGUUGCAGAGACUCAGGUCUUCCCCAACCCUUCCUAAGCCUUCCAGGGCCAGGCCUGCGGCCUAGACGUCCAGGGAGCAGACCGGGGGGAGGAGCAGGAGGCUCCUCAGUCUUUGCUGAACCCCGGAGUCAUAGACGCGUUGGGGAUCGGGGAGGGGGGCGGACGGCGGCACCCCUCUCCUCGAGUUCCUUCUGGGGCCUCCAUCCGAGCCGCUCUCCUACCCUCACCUCGCAUCCUCUGCCAAAUCCGAAUUCUUCCAGCCCGGCUUCCCGGGCUCUGUCCUCCAUAACGAAUAAUAAUGACACAUACCGAAUCGCAUGGACUUAUCCGACCUCCUCAGACCCCGCUCCCGCCCUGCCCCGGGGCCCCCUCCCUCGUACCCGGGCAUUUGGUAUUGGAGGAUGGAUUCCUGGGGCCCGGCAGGUAGGCCUGGGUACGGCCCUCAACAUACUUCCCUGUAUUCGCUUUGCGGGUAAAUCCCCUUGGGGGGUUGCGGAUGCGUCGGGUUUCUUUCUGUAUUUGUACGUUUUAUUUAUGAACGGAUUGCACUCGGGUCAGGGAAGGGGCGCUGAGCCCCUAUCCUUCCCGCCGACGCCCGGGGUUUGGGAUGUCCAGGAUCACUUUCCCUGCACCUGAUCCCCGCCCCCACACCUGGGCUCCGCCUUCUGGGGUCUCAGGUCCCGCCUCUCAGAGGCUGGCCCCUCCUCCGAGCCCCGUGCCCCGCCCACACUGUUGCCAACUUUCGCCCGUCUAUGCCAAAGCCUCGGCGGCGACCCGCCCCAAGGGCCCGCCCCAUUGGCCGCCGCCUUUGUGACGUCACUGCAUGCAGCCCCAACCCUCCUCCAGUCCCUUCCCGGGGCUGCCCGCGCCCGCUCCCGCUCCCUAUCUUAGUUAGUCCGAUGCCGACUAUAGAGCAAUAAUGCGCACUGCAUGUGAAGCUGCCGCCGCCUCUAGAGUUACUGAGAAUCAGGUAUCCCCUGCCCUGCCCACCCCAUAGGCCCCUAGAUCAGGGAUGCUGCGCGGGGCCGGACGCGCAGACUUUCUCCCCCUUCCUCCCCCCAUCCCCCACGGCAGAACCCGGCGGAUGUAAUGGUUCCAGGGGCAGGGGGCGGGGUUGUUUCCCCCCAAACCCCUCUUUCAGUCGUCCAUCACCCACUGUCCGUUUACUGGGCACCUACAAUGUGCCAGGCCCGAUGCUCAAUCUGCAGGGGACGGGACGACCUUUGGGGGUGCACGUUGGUGAUAGGGGCCCGAUGGGCUUGGAUGGGCCAGGGAGGGAGACAGAUAGAGAGAGGCCUAGACCAGACCAGGUGCCCCUCACUCCCCCCUGCUCUAGCCUGGGGCCAGUGCUGGGUGCAGUGGCAUUCUACCUUUGACUUGUGCCUGGUGUUCUUGGCUCUGGUGGCAGAGACCCAGGGCCACCCAUACUGACUCCCAGUCCUUCCAUUCCCCGGCUGCCACCCCUCUGCCGUGUGGGGCCAGUGCCCCAGGCUAGAGGAAAAGGUGCUUGCUAGAGUGUAUGACAUGGUCAGCCAUCCCUGUGGGCACCAAGAUCGGCUGCUGCCCAGCUACUUUCACAGGAACUGAUCCAAGGGUCCAGCACAGCAGGCCUGCAUCCCAAACCCCUUACACCAGGGCUCAGUACCCACAUAGCUCCCAAGCUGGGGCCUGCCGAUCUGUACCGGGCACAUCCGCAUGUACACGCGCACACAGGUGCCCCACCCUACCCACACACGCCUGUCUACCUACCUAAGGAGAAGGCCGCAGGGCCGUGGGCCAGCCAGGGUCUCCGCUUCUCUCCACACCCCGCCGCCGUGGAAAGCCAUGGGCCCCCUCCCGCCCCAUAACUAAGCAGCACAAUAACCGACUUAGCGAAUUCAGGUAGAAGGAACGUUUAGGUAGCGCCUAUUUUGUACUGAUUAUACGAGUAGGGCCCGAGAUGCGGGGGCCCUCAGGUGGGGGCUGCGGCCACCGGCCCGCCCUGCCCCCACCUCCGCCUGUGCCCCGCCGCCUUGUACAUAUCCCACCCGGAACAGGCCGGGAUUUUUACUCGGGCUGCGCCCCUCUUCCGCCCCCGUUUGGGGCCGGGCCGGCCGGACAGACGGACGGACGGACAGACCUCCUUCCUAAGCACAAUAGCACCAGCUCCCCGGAGCGCCGCACCUCCACGAGGAGAAUAAAUGCCACUCUUGAUAGAA